UUGGUUUGUGUGAUUUUGGUGGAGAAAUCCACGCUGGAGAUCCUCUGUGGCUCAUUUUGCUUAGGCACAUUCUUAACAAAACUCCAAAAGUUAGCUCUUUUUUUUGUGUGUGACGAAAAUGAGUGGACGUGUUCGGCUCAAAGAGAAUAACAUCUUAGACGAGGACUUGCCUACACUCCUUGAGAUUGUCUUUAAGUUUCUCUCCGAGAAUCUAUCCAUUGUCUGCGAUGAGAAUGAAUUUGAUCACAACUUGGAGCUCAAUGAGGGAGUUUACAUACCAAAUGAAAUUUGUGAUAGACUACUAAAGUACUACCAAGACUGGAACCAGGGACAUAAACAAUCACUUCAUCUACAUCUUUCGGGACACCACACGAACUCCCCUUAA